AAUCAGACAAUCACAGUAUAGAACUGACACGGCACUGCUGAAAACCACCGUAUUGAUUUCAGCAUCCUUUGCUCAACAGUUCUGUUUCAUCACAGUAUAGAACUGACACGACACUGCUGAAAACCACCGUAUUGAUUUCAACAUCCUUUGCUCAACAGUUCUGUUUCACUUCAGUACAGAACUGGUCCUCCAGUGACCUAAAUCGUAAGAAUCAAUCUGGGAACAACUCCAUAGGUAAAUGGAACUCCAGUUUUUCCACGAAAAUAUAACUAAAGAAGGCUGUGAAGAACUACUGAGCAAGAAUGGACAAAACGGAAGCUUUCUAAUACGAGCCAGUGAGAGUAUACCAGGAGUUUUGUGCCUUUGUGUUUUGUAUGAGCACUUUAUCUACACUUACCGAAUCUUCAGAAAACAUAAUGGACAUUUCAUGAUACAGACUUGUGAAGGUGCUCCAAAACAGGACUUCAAAACUUUAAAGGAUUUAAUAGCUACCUUUGAAAAACCAAAUCAAGGGCUAAUAAUCAACCUGCGCUACCCUGUAAACAGAUCCACAUCUGAUCAACAACCUCAGAAUAUCUACGAUAACAGUUAUUUGAUUCCUGAAACUGAAGACACUGAUUAUGUUGACGUUUUGCCUGACUAAUCAGAUUGAGAGACCUUUUCCUGUGACCUCCUUCAUCUCCAUUUGCUCAGUUUUACAAGGGCAUUAGUCUUCAGUGAGAUACAUCAAUGCUAACAGGAUCUUCCAUUCCUUUUACUGUGUUUCCCCAAAAAUAAGACAGGGUCUUAUAUUAGUUUUUGUUCCAAAAAACGCAGUAGGGCUUAUUUUCA